UCUAUUUCAUUUCACUUUUGUCUUUACCCUCCCUCCCUCUUUCCCAAAACUCAUGCUGCCCCUCUCUCUCUCUCUCUGUGUCUCUCUCUUUCUCUCAUUUCCUCUCCCCCAUUUCAAAUCUAGGGUUUCUUUUUCUUUUUCCUUUAGUUCUUUAUCUAUCUGAGUACCCUCUCAAGAACUAUCGAUUUUGAGCUAUCAUUUGUGGGGGUCUGUGAAACCAUGGGUUUUCAGCAUUCUUCUUAAUUUAGCUCUGGUUUCCGUGAUCUUUAACUAAAGAAUUUUGUUUAAGUUUCAAUCUUUUUCAGUUUUGCUGCAUCUUUUACUCUUUUUUGGUGAGUGUGAACUUGAAGAUUUCUCUUUCCAAAAUUGUCUGCUUUUUUCCCAUGAUUUCUCCAAAACCCAUGUUAAACCCUUGUUCUGAUUUUCCUCUAAUUUAUUAAUUUUUUAAAGUUAUGGUAUAUCUUUUCUCUGUUAAGAUUUUGUUUUUGUAGUCAGAUUUCUGUAGGGGGGGUCGGUUUUAGAUUUGGGCUAGGUUUGUUCAAAGAGUGGAUUUUUGUUUUGCAAGUGUGGAUUUUAUUGCAAAGUAGGUUAAAAAAGGAGUCCUUUUUGGGGUUAAAUUUCGUUGAGUAAAUGCAUGGAUGGAAGAGAAGGAAUGGCUUCAUAUUACCUCAAUAGAGGUGGUGGGGUUGGUGGGUCUAAUUCAGGGUCUGGUGUAGGAGUUGGUGUUGUUGGGGGCGGUGGGGGUGGGGGCUCAAUGACCCCAACAGGGGUGCCCGCACCUCCUGGUUAUAAGACCCUUACAAACCCUAACAUUUCAGUGCAGUCAAAUGUAGGGGGUGGUGGUGCUCCUAUGGGCUCCGCAUUCCAAAUAGAGAACCCUUCACCCAGUUAUGCUCAUGGCAUUACUAUGUCCAUGGCUUCUACUGUUACACCUGUUGAAACUGUGAAGAAGAAGAGAGGGAGGCCUAGAAAGUAUGGCCCUGAUGGGGCUGGGGCUAAUAUGGCUUUAGGAUUGUCUCCCCUCUCUUCUACGCCAUCCCCGGGAUCAAUCACGCCUGGGGGCUCCAAAAAAAGUCGGGGGCGGCCGCCUGGUAGUGGAUGGAAACAGCGAUUGGCUCCACUUGGUGAUUGGAUGAAUAGUACUGCUGGACUAGCUUUCACACCGCAUGUCAUUCAUGUUGGAGUUGGAGAGGAUAUUGCUGCAAAGAUAUUAUCAUUUGCACAACAGAGGCCAAGGGCUUUGUGCAUUUUGUCAGCUAAUGGUUCGGUAUCUGCUGUAACACUCCGGCAGCCAACAACCUCUGGUGGCACUGUAACAUAUGAGGGCCGUUUUGAGAUAUUAUGCUUGUCCGGUUCCUAUUUGCUUGCUGAAAGUGGUGGCCCUCGUAAUAGGACUGGUGGUCUUAGCAUAUCUGUAUGUAGUCCUGAUGGGCAUGUCAUUGGCGGUGCAAUAGGGGGUAGGCUUAUAGCCUCAAGCCCAGCUCAGGUCGUGGUCUGCAGUUUUGUAUAUGGUGGUACCAAGGGAAAGAGCAAAUCAGAAGCUAGUGAUAAAGAUGACAAGAGCAUUGUACCUAAGUCUGAAGACAAGUCAUCAGCACUGGGUAGUGGUGCUCCUGGUCAGGAUCCUACAGGAAACUCUGGAGCAGGUGGUUGGCCUCCUGUUUCCCGGCCAGACUUGAGGAAUCCCCAGACAGAGAUUGACCUGACGCGCGGAUGAUACAAUUGCUGCAAUCAACACAUGGCAAUUUUUGUAUAUAUGUGUUGUUGUAAAUGAAACGGGGAGAGAGAGAGGGACUCAUUUGACUUAUGGUGCGACCACCAGUAGGCAAUGAUGGUUUGUGCUAACAUAGCCUCUUGUAACAAAGCUUGCCCCCCUUCUUAGUGUUUUUUUAGUAGUGAAUAGGUGGUCAUGGUUGACGCUGGUAGAGCGCAUAUUAUGGCUACUUGUAGCGGUGGUUAAAUAUGGUCUUCGGCAUAAAACUUUGGGAGCUCUCUCAACAAAUUGAUUGGAGUACCAAUUUGGGUCUACAUUACUGUUGUAAUUGGAUUUCUUGAGAUGCAGAACUCAAAUCAAAUUGCGGGUUAACUGAA